AAGAUCUGGAACAAACCACGAGUUUGCGCAGUGUGACCAAAUCCUUCCAUUGAAGAAAAAAAAAGACGAGCUGUAAUAGCUACUUGUUGAUUCAAAAAUAUUUUGAACGAUGUGCAAUUAUAGGUGAAGAUGAGGGCGAAUCACUCAUGGACAGCUUCAGUUCGUGAACGUGUUUAUGACCUUGCCUUCAAGCCAGAUGGCAGUCAGAUUAUAAUAGCUACAGGGCAUCGUGUGCUGGUCUGUGAUGCAGCAGAUGGAGCCAUUAUCCAACCUUUAAAAGGACACAAAGACACAGUGUACUGUGUGGCUUAUGCCAAGGAUGGUAAAAGGUUUGCCUCGGGAUCAGCUGACAAAAGCAUCAUCAUCUGGACAUCUAAACUUGAGGGUAUUUUAAAAUAUACUCACAAUGAUUCCAUCCAGUGUGUUGCUUACAACCCGAUCACUCACCAACUUGCCUCCUGUUCAUCUGGUGACUUUGGCCUGUGGUCUCCUGAGCAAAAAUCCGUUAAUAAACAUAAAGUCAGCAGCAAAGUAACAUGUUGUGGGUGGACAAACGAUGGGCAGUACCUUGCACUUGGCAUGAUGAAUGGGGUGGUGAGCAUACGUAACAAGAAUGGAGAGGAGAAGGUCAAAAUAGAACGUCCUGGAGGCUCCUCCUCUCCUAUAUGGUCCAUAGCGUGGAAUCCCUCCAAGGAUGAACACAGUGACAUUCUGGCGGUGGCAGACUGGGGUCAAAAGCUCUCUUUCUACCAGCUCAGUGGAAAGCAGAUUGGAAAAGAUCGGAUGCUUAACUAUGACCCGUGUUGCAUCAGCUACUUCUCCAAGGGCGAGUAUAUAGUGAUGGGCGGAUCUGACAAACAGGUGUCCCUCUAUACUAAAGAUGGGGUGAGGCUAGGAGCAGUUGGAGAGCAGACGUCAUGGGUGUGGACGUGUCGAGUUAAGCCUGACUCCAACUCAGUGGUGUUGGGCUGCCAGGAUGGGACCAUCACCUGCUACCAGCUAAACUUCAGCACAGUUCAUGGCCUCUACAAGGACCGUUAUGCUUACAGAGACAGCAUGACCGACGUUAUCGUCCAGCACCUCAUCACGGAGCAAAAAGUGAGAAUCAAGUGCCGUGAGCUGGUGAAGAAGAUUGCCAUCUACAGAAACCGCCUCGCCAUCCAGCUCCCUGAGAAGAUCACCAUCUACGAGCUCUACACAGACGACUCAUCCGACAUGCGCUACCGCGUCAAGGAGAAAAUCUGCAGGAAGUUUGAAUGCAACCUGCUGGUGGUCUGCUCCCAACACAUCAUUCUGUGUCAGGAGAAGAGGCUCCAGUGUCUGUCCUUCACCAGCAUCAAGGAAAAAGAAUGGGUGAUGGAAUCUCUGAUUCGUUACAUCAAGGUGAUCGGUGGUCCACCAGGCAGAGAGGGUCUGCUCGUGGGGCUGAAGAAUGGCGCUAUCCUGGAGAUCUUUGUUGACAACCCCUUUCCCAUAACGCUGCUGAAGCUGUCGACGUCCGUUCGCUGCUUAGACAUGAGCGCCUCGCGCAAUAAACUGGCCGUGGUGGAUGAACAUAACUCUCUCAUGGUCUAUGACAUUAACAGCAAAGACCUGCUCUUUCAGGAGCCUAACGCUAACAGCGUGGCCUGGAACACCCAGUGUGAAGACAUGCUGUGCUUCUCUGGGAAUGGCUACCUCAACAUCAAGGCGAGCAACUUUCCAGUUCACCAACAGAAGAUGCAAGGCUUCAUGGUCGGCUACAACGGCUCUAAGAUAUUCUGCCUCCACGUUUACUCGAUGUCUGCCAUCGAGGUGCCACAGUCGGCACCCAUGUACCAGUAUCUGGAAAGGAAGCUGUUUAAGGCGGCCUACCAGAUCGCCUGUCUCGGUGUGACGGAGAGUGACUGGAAGGAUUUGGCCACAGAAGCUCUGGAGGGACUUGACUUCGAAACUGACAAAAAGGCCUUCAUUAGAAUCAGAGAUCUGCGCUACUUGGAGCUGAUCAACAGCAUCGAGGAGAGGAAGAAGCGGGGUGAGAACGACAAUGAGCUGUUCCUGGCAGACGUCUAUGCCUUCCAGGGGAAAUUCCACCAGGCAGCCAAGCUCUACAAACGCACUGGACACGAAGCCAUCGCCCUGAGCAUGUACACUGACCUGCGCAUGUUCGAGUACGCUAAGGAGUUUGUUGGGGCUACAGAUCCUAAGAGCUCUCGCUUGUUGAUGACUAAGCAGGCCGACUGGGCCAAAAGCAGCAGGGCGCCGCGAGCAGCAGCUGAGAUGUACCUGUCAGCGGGCGAAUCUUUGAAAGCUAUAGACAUCAUCGGGGAGCAUGGCUGGGCGGACAUGCUUAUCGACGUUGCUCGUAAGUUAGACAAGGCUGAGCGUGAAGCCCUGGCAAAAUGUGCCGUCCACUUCAAGAGGCUGAAACACCACGGCUAUGCCUCCGAGACGUAUUCCAAGAUGGGAGACUUGAAAGCUUUGGUGGAGCUGCAUGUGGAAACCCAACACUGGGAAGAGGCCUUCUUGGUGGUGGAGAAGCACCCCCAGUUUAAGAAUGACGUCUUUGUGCCUUACGCCCAGUGGCUGGCUGAAAACGACCACUUUGAGGAGGCGCAGAAAGCAUUUCACAAAGCUGGUCGUCAGAGUGAAGCGGUGAAAGUCCUGGAGCAGCUCACCCACAAUGCAGUGGUGGAGAACAGGUUCAACGAUGCUGGCUACUAUUACUGGAUGCUAUCGAUGCAGUGUUUGGACAUAGCCAGAGAAAGCGAGGAGCAGAGGGAUGAAAAUCUGAAGAAAUUUGAACGUUUUCAGCAUCUCGCUGAGCUUUACUACGUGUAUCGAUCUAUUCAGCGCUACACGGAUGAGCCCUUCAGUUCCCACUUGCCAGAGACACUCUUCAACAUAUGCAGAUUCCUACUGAAUAACCUCACCAAGGACGUACCACCAGGCAUCUCUAAAGUUAACACCUUGUAUGCUCUGACCAAGCAGAGUCAGAAACUGGGUGCGUUUAAACUUGCCAGGUAUUCCUACGAGAAGCUCCAGGAGCUACACGUUCCCUCACGCUUCCUGGACUCCAUUGAACUGGGCAGCCUCCAGAUUCGCUCCAAGCCUUUCCAUGACAGUGAGGACCUCAUUGAGAUCAUGAUGUGCUACCGCUGCUCCACCAACAACCCCUUUCUGAACAACCAGGGGAGUGUGUGCAUCAACUGCAGGCAGCCUUUCAUCUACUCAGCCUCGUCAUACGAGGUGCUGCCUCUGGUGCAGUUUUACCUGGACCAGGGUAUCAGCGACGAAGAAGCCCUGUCUCUUAUUGACCUGGAGGUUCCCCGCUUAGAUCAGGGGAGCGCACAGGGGCCCGUUAAGGACAACAGCAAACUACAAGCUUUGAGGAUGGCUGAUGGUUUAGGUGUUACGGAGGAAGAUCCGUUUACAGCCAAAAUGAGCUUUGAGCAAGGGGGCUCUACCUUUGUCCCAGUCAAGGUGAGCCGUUCGGUGCUGGGCUCCAUGAGCAGAAGGGACGUCCUGAUCAAACGCUGGCCCAAGCCACUCAAAUGGGAAUACUUCCGCUCCCUGCUGCCGGAUGUCAGCAUCACCAUGUGCCCCAGCUGCUUCAAGAUGUUUCACAGUGAGGACUAUGAGCUCCUGGUGCUGAAGCACAGCUGCUGUCCCUACUGCCGCAGACCCAUCGACGAGCCAAACUGAUCCUCUUUACAUGGGAGACACUUUACUUUUUGUACCCUGGAGAAAGCUAGUAUUUUAUUUUCUGCAUUUAUGUAAAGUAAUGAGCAUGUUUGUUGUGUGUAAACCUCUUAAGAGCAGCUCUGUUACCCAAAGAUGAGUGUUUGUUUAGGCCUUGGUCAUUAGAAAGCACCAUCAAUCCAACAGGAUUAAAAAGAUUAGGUUACCUUAAGCUGUGAGUACAUCAUAACUUUGUGUACGACCUAAAACGAUGUAAAAAUUAUACUUGUUUUGCAGAUCUUUUUAACAAGUAAGAUCUAAUAUUUAUGUGCAUUUUUCCAUUUUUUUUACAGCUGUUUAACUACGAUAAGUUGUUGUUUAUAUUGUACAAGUCCCGUUAAUAAAACGUCUAUAGAUUUGUGA